GACGCAAUAAAGAAAAAAACCAGAAAUGAACUUUCGUUGUUGAAUUCUCUCGCAUUUUUCUAAGAAUACUUUGCUCGUAUUAUUCCAUAAUUCAAGUACAUCGGUGUGCGCAGACCUGGCCGGACGUCCCGAGCGUACUCAUCUUGAAUCUUGAACCUUAACAAAAAAAAAGAAAUCAAUUUUCACGAAUUUAAAGGUUUGUGUUCUGAUAUAUUUAGCUGCUUCUAGUCGGGGAAAAUUUGAGAGAUCUCCAGCGAAAAUGGCAGAGGCAAACCUGCAAGAGGCCCGCAUACACGGCCGGGAAAUUUUGGGCACCUUUUCGACGGACGAAAAUCGGAAAUAUUGCAACGAUAACCGAAAUCGACGUUUUUACAUCGAGCCCGACAACGAAACGGAUUUUGACUACACUAAAGGCUUCCAUAAAUACGUCGAUAUGGAAGAGGAUGCUCGAGUGACGUCACUGGAGAGUGUGUUGUCUUGGAUGCGAGAUCACCGGAACUUGUUAAUAGCAAAGGAUAUUUUAGACACAACAGCAUCACGACUUAACAUGGAUUUUGUCGGGCGACGUGGAACGUUUAAAAACCUAUUGGAAGCUGGCGGUAACCGUAAAACUGAUAUUCGGCUGGUAGUAACUCUAUACCGCGGUACCUACUACAUCUCCGAGUUUUCGGGUCUCUGGAAGACCAGCAAAAGACCCCAAACCAGAGAGGGACGUUUGAGAGCGGCUUCUUCAAAAUUGUUUCUUCAAUUUAUAACAAGCAAGGAUGGAUGCAAUCAAGACAUCACUGCUCCACUGAACGACAAUGCUUCAUAUUACGCUGUGAUGAUCGCCCUCUGCGGUGAACAUCGGAUGCUGUUCAGCUUUGAGGUGCAGGCAGAAUUGAAAGAUGAACUCACACCCCCUCCUUGGAAUUACAUCAAUGUACGCACAAACGGAGAACCUUCGAUAAACCCUAUGAAGGCUUUAAGAUGGUGGGCUCCAAACGUACUUGUCGAUAUUCCGGAGAUCGUAUGUGGGCUACGAGACGACAAACAUGGCAUUGUGCGAACUUUCCAGUAUAUCCAGACCAAUAAACUAUCCAUCGAAUAUACUCAGAGAAAGUGGGAAGCACAGGCUUGCUUCAGAACAAUGGAAUCUUUGCUGUCUCAGAUCAGAGAACUGGUACAAGAGGACAAUAUUAGCUCCGUCUAUCAUCUCCUGCUCGAACCAGUUGAUGAAAAAGGUCAGGACUUGGAUCAUCACCUACCAAGCCGUCGAUUUGUAUCCCGUGGCAAACGAACAGAUGAUUUUACGUUCAUUAAUGAAUCGCUUCUUCACUUAAUACUCGAAUCGGAUUGAACAGAAUAAAAAAAAAUACAGAGCUCUUUUAUGGAGAAUCAUAGUACACAUCUUGGGUCAACGUCUCUGUGGCCCGUAUUCUAAAGUUCGUAUAACUUAGACAAUGGACUAUGUGUAAAGAUUAAGGGAAACCGAAAAUAUCAAAUUUCUGUUAACAUGUAUAUUAUGCUUUUUUACUGUGCUAUAAUGGUGAAUAAAACUAAUUUAUUCAGCAAUUAUUUUCAGACGAUUUGAAUGAUCUGUGCAACAGAUAAGCUGAAGAAAACCCCAACCUGUCCUGUUGAAUAUUUGUGUCACAAUUGGGUAUCUAAACGGCAACUUUAGACCAGAGCUUAAAUCAUACCAAAGUUAAGAAAACGGGCCCAUGAGUUUCCAAAGAACUGGCAUGAUAUUAACCCAGCUUUCGCCUACUAAUGAAUCCUGCCAAGUCCCCAUUUACCUCACCUGGAUUGAGUUCAGCAGAGUUUGGAUAGAUAUCCCAUGCUAAGAACUAUCGAUCGGAUCCGAAUUACGACGAUCUUCAGGUUGAAAGGCGAGAGUCGGGAACCACGCCAUCACAGGAGACGAUGGGGGGGGGGGGGGGUGAGCUGCACCCCCCCCCCCACACACACACACACUCUCUUUUUCCAAAACCAUCUGAUUGUGAUUUUUUUGUGUCAGUCACCUGCCGACUUUCAAAACCGUUCCGCGGCUAUUGUUUCAGAGGCUGAAGCAAUUGACCUGCAGGCGUUGAUGAUAUGCAGCUUGUUUGACUACUUGACGAUGAAUAUAUAGCCUAGUCACGAAAUUAUAUCCAAGGAGCCUAUUUUGGUCCUUCGUCAAUUGCUCCAGUCUUAUUAGAAUGUUAUCAACCUUUGACAUUCACGUAAUUAGAAUACUCUUGAAAAGAAUAAUUAUAAUACCUGAAAAUUUUAAGCAGUUAAAAAUUCCAUUACUUGAACUAACUUUAAUAUGAUAUGUUUAUCCCAGAAACCAUAAAAGCUAAUGGCUUGUUUAAACUUCUUGCAUCGAUUCAGGGGGUGAGAGCUUUUCUGUUUUAAUACUGCAAUAACUGCGUCUGGCUCGCGGACUUCUCAAAUAACUUCGCCCGACCUUUUACAUCUUCAUAAAUUUAGUUCGAAAAAUUGUGAAAGGGCAUUUAUUUCAUUGAGCUACGUACCGUUUGGAAGUCAAUUAGCUCAGCUGAGACAUCGCUUAUACGUCACAUCCAAGCGGUAAGCAACAUGAAUUUGUCAUUUAUCUCUAAAGUAAAAAACAAAAAUACAGGGAAAGAGUUGCCCGCCCCCACACAUACACAAUAAAUUUGUGAAUAUACCUACGAUUAAGUUAUUUGGGAGGGAGAUUACGAACACUAAAAUCUACUGAUAUUUCCUUGUUUUUUGCUCUGAUGGAAUUUAAUCAUAAAACGGAAUGACUUUUCUUAAAAACAAAUUCCAUUUUUGUAUAAUUGUCACAAUUUUUUUAUUAUAGGACUUAGAAAUGUUAUUUGUGCUGUAACAUGUCAAUGCUGUCCCUGUCGUGGAGACAGAAUUAGUAUAUUUUUACUACACUCUCUGGAAUGAGAUAUUAUUCAAUUUUUAGCAAUUUGCGCUGAUUGCAAAAUAUGAAAUGCGUAAUAUAGGUAUUGUUAUAAUGUGUAAAUGUAUUAUAAAGUGUGCGUGUUAUUGUUAUAAUGAACAUGUAUUGCUAUAAAGUGUUAGUCCUAUUUUCAUAAUGUACGAGUAUUUUUACAAUGUGCGAAUAUAAAUAUUCAUCACGAUCAAAUUAUGACUUCAUAGUCCUAAUGUUUCUUUUGAAUGUUGAAUGUCCCUUCCCAAUUUAUUUGUAUUGGAGAACCGCAAUACAUCCUUUUUGGGCCAUUAUUAUUUUUUUAAUUACUUGCAACAUAAGUUUUUUCAAGAUGAUGCAAUAAUCGUAAGGUACAUAUGAAGAAUUCAAAAGCCGCACAUUUUUAAUGAAUUCAUUUUUUUUGGGGGGGGGAACAAAACAUGUUGUAUGGUAUUUUAGCCUAAAACUAGGAAUUUUUCUUUUGAACUGAUAAACAUUUGUAUUCGACAUUACGAAAAAUUUCUGAAGUUUCCCUCUGAUAAUGAAAAUGCGUUCGCAUAAAUAAUAAACUUGAUAUUUAAUUCAAAAUUGCAUAUACAAUUGCUUUAUCUUAAAAACUAUAUAAAUCCAUUGGUGCAAUUAACGGUCUACAAAUCUGUUGAUUUAAAUAUAUCUUUGAUGGCAUGUAGUAUUAAAGAAUAGUCGUGCAAUUUUUAAAUCACUCUAAGAUAGUUCGGGGCAACAUUACAAUAUUUCCUCUGAAUCGCUUUUUUUUUUUUGCAGAAUAAAAACAAUUAUCAAAAAUUAUCUCAUACCUG